UGGGUUUUCUUGUGCCUGCCUUUGACUGUGUGUGCACUGUGCUAUAAUUCUACAUUUGGAAAGCUGUCUCUGUUAUAGUGCAUUAAGUCAGUCCUGUUCUCCAAAUGAUACUGUACUAUCUCCCAGCCUCCAGAUGAAGGAAGUAGAUGCGUAACAGGGGAAUUUCUCCUAAAAUGCAAAGUUAAGUGUGGCUAAAGUUUCAUGUCUGCCAGCUUAGCUUUGAUAUUGUUCUUUAAAUGUAGUUACUGCAUCUUUCUUUAGAGCUCCCAUAGAUGACAUUAAGCCUAAAAUAGCACUUACUUCUGAGAUAAAUGGUAUAUCAGGUACCGUGCUUCUAAAUGACUGAAAUACUUCACUCAAUUAACUUGUCAGUUCAACUAGUAUCUGGCAUCUGCUUUUCUUUUUAAAAGCAACUGUUAGAUUCUGGAAACUGCUGUGCUUCUGAACUCUACUGAACCUCUUGGUCUUUACCGUGCCGGUUCGCUUGUGGCCCUCUUGUCUUCUCGUAUGUUUUUAGACAAAUGGGCAGAGCAGCUGACACAUUGCAGUCCAAACACAAACAGUGCGAUAUGACCUGUCUCCACCUACUUGAGAAGCCAAAACCGCAUUGUUUCAAUUGUGGUUCUGAAGACCAUCAAAUGAAAGACUGUCCACAGCCACGAAAUGCAGCUCGUAUAAGUGAGAAGAGAAAGGAGUUUAUGGAAGCUUGUGGUGAAGCGAGCAAUCAGAAUUUUCAGCAGCGUUAUCAUGCAGAAGAAGUAGAAGAGAGGUUUGGAAAAUUUAAACCAGGAGUAAUUAGUGGGGAACUUCAAGAUGCACUUGGUGUCACAGAUAAAAGUCUUCCUCCAUUUAUAUAUCGCAUGCGUCAGCUGGGUUAUCCUCCAGGUUGGCUCAAGGAGGCUGAAAUGGAGCACUCAGGACUUGCGCUUUAUGAUGGAAAAGAUGAUGGUGGAACAGAAGAUGAAGGAUCUCAUCAACCAAAACGCAUCACUUAUGAUGUCUCUAAGUUGAUAAACUAUCCAGGCUUUAAUAUAUCCACUCCAAGUGGGAUCCCAGAUGAAUGGCAGAUAUUUGGUUCUAUCCCCAUGCAGCCAUCUCAACAGAAAGAUGUUUUUGCCAACUACCUUUCUAAUUUUCAUGCGCCAAGUCCAAAAUCUAGCAAUAAAAGGGCUGCAUCUCAGUCAAGCUCUCAUCGUUCAAAACGACCAAAAGAAGACAAUUUGGAGGUACCAGCAGCUGACAUGGACCUAGAUUCUGAUCUGGAAGUGUCACAAAGAUCUCAAACUCCUAACAGUUUUCAGUUCCAACCUCCGCUGCCUCCUGGACGUCCAUCAAUGUCAACUCCUCCUCCUUUACCACGAGGAACACCUCCGCUAAAUCUUACACCAACUCAACCUUCAACACCCACCCACUCUCCCCUUCCUAGGACUACUCCACCAUUGAAUCCUUCCAGUGAUGUUCCUCAGCCAAAAAUAGUGGACUCAGUCAUGGAUGAGGAUACUCUGACUUUGGAAGAGCUAGAGGAACAGCAGCGAUUAAUCUGGGCAGCGCUAGAGCAGGCAGAAAGCACAAACAGUGACUCUGAUAUUCCUGUUGAUACACCUUUAACUGGAAAUUCUGUUACAUCAUCACCAUCUAGGAACGAAGUAGAUCUUGUUGCAGAAGUAAGAUCAUCUGAUAAGGUGAUUACAGUGGAAACUAGGUUUUCCGACAUCAGUGAACAGAUACCAGAAAAUGAAUGUUCUGUAACUAGUCCUAAUCCAGGAGAUAGUUUGCUUAACUUAAAGGAAAAUCCUGGUAAUACAGAUUCUGAAGGCUUGCUGGAUAACACCAUGCCUGCUCCCAACCGUGAGGUUAACGAUGGAGAAAAUACAGGUGGUAAUAAAGUGGUCACAAGCAUUGAAUCAUCUGCAAAAAACUCCAGUCUUGUUCCUGAUAUGAGCAAGUUUGCUGCAGGCAUAACACCAUUUGAAUUUGAAAAUAUGGCAGAAUCAACAGGUGUUUAUCUACGAAUAAGAAGCGUGUUAAAAAAUUCCCCAAGAAACCAGCAAAAGAAAAAGACAUCAUCUUAACUAGUCUUCCUUUGUUUCGUUAUGUCCAAAUCCCUGCUUCCUUCUCUCUCCUUCUCCGGUUUUACAAACUCGGAUAGCCUUCCUCAUCCUUUUGUGGGAAGGAGAAAAUCUUGACGAAUACAGCUCUGCCCCGUUCUUCCGUGGGACUGAAGUCAGUGCAGGGCUUCCGUAUUGACCAGGACCACCAAUGCGGCCAGAAAAUGCAGAAGAAUUUUGCCAAAUUGCAUCCUUCUGCUAAGGAAUAACAGGACUGUUGAUUUGUUAAGAACGAUUUACUUGCCAAUACAUGAAACUCGAAAAAGAGGAGUUUGUGGUUUGCUGUUCAUUACUUUGGCUAAGAUUUAUAUUGUCCUUGAGUUUCAGGUGGAUUCGUGAUUUUUUUUAAUAUCUGUCCUUUGUACAAUAAUCUAUACUUUAUGCAUUUUGCUAAUUAUCCUGUAGAUAAGUUUAAUAUAUUCAGAAUGUUUUUAAAAAGGUCUAACAUUAAGAUUUCCCACAUCAAAAUCCUGGCAAUUGGAUGAAAAUAAUCAGGGAUUACCAGCAUUAUCUUCACCAUUUCAAAUAUUUUUAUAAAUUAUUUAUGUGGGUCAGUUUUAAUUACCACUGUAUCUUUUGUAACAUCAUCCUUCAUGUAAACUUGCUGUACAUACAUGUUCAUUGUUGUGUACAGAGGUUUAAUAAAUGAGCUU